AGGUUGGAGCAUUCAACACUAUGAUUUAUUGAUGCUUCUUCUUGCUUUUCUCCCGUUCCCUCUUGGGGGAUCCGCUCCAGAUAUCCGUUGUUCCUCAUCAAGGAGAUCAAACAUCUCUGCAUCGUCCGCCCCUGUUGUAUCAUUCCCACCGACCCGAGUAUCCUCCUCACCCAACCUUCCAGUGGCAGGGGAGUGACCGUACGUCCAGACGCCGGCAGGUUCCGACGCUGCCGUCUCCCACGCUCAUUGUGGACUUCUAACAUCCUAACUCCUCUCCCAUUCCAUCCCCCAAUGAAGUCAACAGCUAGAUCGUUCAUUCGAGCACGGCACUGAUCACAAAUGAGCGUAACUGACGUUACAGCCAUUUGGAACACCAACACCUUCUUUGCGUACGUCAUCUCGGUGAAGGUUAUCGGUCUAGAAUGGGAAGCUCGACGACUAGCGGCGGUAGUGCUCGCUACCCUUGGCGUGAUAGCUGUCGUAUAUCACUCCGAAGAUUACCAGCGUGUGCCAGUUGCAGAUGGGACGAAGAGGGAGAAACAACUCAAACGGCGAGGAAGAUACCGAGCGAACUCCCCCCUUCGGUCUUCAUUCCAACUUUUUGAUAUGUUUGCACACUCCUUCUUGUUGUGA